AUGUGGGCGCUCGCACCGGCGCUCGGCCCGCGUGAGCGCGCGGUGAGCGAGUCGAGGGGAGGGAUCGGGCGUUUCAGAGAGCGUCGGUUCCUCCUCUCGACGCGCGUGCGCCGCAGAAGGGCGGAAGCGGCGUCCUCGAGCCAAGACAAGUCGGGUAAAUCCUCCGCGCCCAAGAAGAAACCACCGCCCUCCGUGCUCGUGGGCACCAACUUCGUCGCGGGGAGCGAGGGCGUGAAGAAUAAGGACUAUAACCCGUACACCGACAAGUUCGCGAAGGAUUGGUCCGACCCCGACGCGGAGAGGAAGAAGAGGGGCGAGACCACCGCGCUGUCCUACGAGGCGAUAUCGAUGUAUCUCGCCUCCGCUAUCCUCGGGCCGUUGCUGGAUCACCAGCACUCGCGCUUCGACGUGCUGCACUACGAGGACAGCGGCAGCGGCCGGGUGAUCCUGAACUUCCCCGAGGUGGCGGCCAAGGCGCUGUGGGGACCUGACGGGGUUCCACCCGCAUCGGUGGUGCAGUGGUUCGACAGGGUGCACGCGGUGAUCCCCGAGGGACUGGACGACGUCCUGAGCGCCGCCUUCGUGCGAGAGACGGGCGUGUUGGAGACGGCGUUGUGGGUCCCUCUGCUCUUCGGAGGGGCCGGGGUCGUGAUUGGCGUUGGGCACACGCUGGGCGACAUGUUCAGGCUAAAGACGGGCGCGAAGGAGGAUCGAUUCAUCGAAGGUAACACGCCGCUGCCGAGGUUCCUCGAGGAGUGCCCGGGGAAGCCUCGGCUCGGGUGGGAACCCGAGUGGGGCGUCGUCUACUCCGGCAUCGGACUGUUCGCGAUGCAGUACGCGACGUCGGGAAUAUUGGCCACCACGGUUAACCCGCCGUUCCCGGAUAUGCCCUCUCACGCCAUCGAUGCGAUACUGGCGGCGUGGGCGCUCGGGCAGUGGGCGGUUUUCGACUACACGAAGCAGGGUUUGGCCAUGGCGGUGUUGACCGGCGUGGCGGGUCCGGUGACGGAGAUAUUCCUCAUCAACGUGUUGCACCUGUACCACUACAGCGACCCCGAUUUCUUUGGGAUCCCGUCGUGGAUCGCGUGGGUGUACUUUUGCGGCUCGCCCGCCGUGGGGAACCUGAGCAGAGCCGUCCGAGGUGAGCUGCGGCGGCGACAGCGACUGCAGACGCCGACGUGCGAGGUUGCGCUGGCGGCGCCUAAAAAAGCGUGGCGGCCGCCCCCCAGGGGUAACGCCAGGGGAAAGAGGCAGGGCGCGACCGCGGUGGAGCAGCCGGCGAGGGGGAAGAUGACGGUGGUGCUGCCCAAUCAGACGGAGGGUUCAAACGCCGGCGCGAAGAACGGAGCGGGGAAGAAAGCGGUUGGGGGGGCCAAGGAGGUUCCGUCGACGGCGGCGAAGGCGCGACCGUCAGCCUCGGUGUCGGUGAAACCACCUCCCGAGGACGACGGCGUGACCCGGGUGCAGACUAUGAGGAAAGAACUCGAGUGGAUGCGAAGUUUGCAGAACGAGAUCAACGAUCUGCAGGCUCUGAAGCGACGGCUCGAGGCGCUUCGCGACGCGGCGAACGAAGCGGCGCCGCCGAUACUGCCGAUGAUCGAGCGGCGUCUCGGCGAGGUUGUCCCUGAUCAGUACAAGACGCGUCUGGAGACGUUGGAGAGCGCGUUCGAGCGGAAGGUUUUGCCCAAACUUCCGGAGAAGGUGCGCAAGAGGGUGGGAUCGAGGUCCCCGAGCGCCGAGGAGAAGGCGACGCGGAUGAAUUCGCUGAAGGGUCUGAACAAGGAGUUGCGAGACGUUCAGAAGGAGAUCGUCGAGGUGAAGACGAGGAUCGACAUGAGCUUCGACUCGGAUAUCAGGCCACCGCGUCACUCGGAUAAGAGAGAAGAUAGCGGCCCGGCGGACGACAGGGAGUCGGAGGACGCGACGACGCAGUGA